GUAUAUUAACGUGUAAAAAUUCAAAUUCCGUUUAUUCAUUUUAUUAAAGCCUCACCAUGAACGUGAGCCAGUACGGUGUAUUUUUCUUAUUACUCUCCUUCUGGUACUGCACGUUUUUGAGCACCCAAGCACCAAUCCCGGAUAGCGACGAGGACAUUCCCAAUGCCAAUGAUAUCCCCGGGUUCGUUAAUUAUAAGAAAAAAGCUCUGAAGUUGCUCGGUAUUGUCCCUGCUCCUGGUUCUACAGUUGAUUGGCAGGAAGCUUUUAUGCUACUAGCACCUAUUGCUAUUAAUAAUGCCAGAAUUAUUGAUUAUGCAUCGAAUAUGGCUAAAAAUUAUGCAAAAGAAGCUAAAAGAAAUUCGGGCGAUGCGGGUCGAUAUCAGUUCAUUCUCAUUUCAAGAAAUAAAAUCGUGUUUAUCGAAGAUCACUACUGCAAGGGAGCACCUGAGAAUGAUGAUGAAUUUCGGCAAAAAAUAAAAGAAGAUGAACGUUUCAAGAAUAUCCCGGAUAACGACAUCAGUUGCAAGAAGCAUGCCAAGAAGUGGCUAUGGAUGCUUGUCAAAGGCAACGCUAAAAUUUUUACCCAAUUAAACGAUUUGAGGAAGCGCUUAAAUGACAACGCAGAUCAGUUCAUAUGGUUUGCUGAACAAAUUCAAGGCAUCUUCGAUGUCUUCAACGAUAACGUUCACUCCGCAUCCAGUUUGUUAGAUCCCAAGCAUUUAGACCUGAAUAAUAUUGGCAAGCAUAUGGGUGCACUGAGCCCAGACGUCCAAAAAGCCAUGAAAAUCCUUUAUGAAACUGAAGGAUUCAACGUAAAUAUUGUCGAAGAUGAAAAGGCAGAUUCGAAACCAGCAGACAGUGAGGCGAAAGUCUAAUUUUCAUGAACAUGAAAAAUCCUUCCAUCUGGGUGUAUUUCGAAUAUCGAACGAUGAAAAAAAGCUGCAGAGGAAAAUCAAGUUCUUGUUUUGUAAUUUUUUUUCGUCAUUGUGUGAUCCUGAUCAAAGUCUAUUUUUUUUUUUUUUUUUUUUUUUACGAAGUUGUUUGUACGAACUUAGAUUUCUUUAAUAAAAUAUGGAGUAGGAUACUCAAAAUUAAUGGUGUAGGUAUUUUCUGGUGUUGAUUAGGUAUUAAUGCAUUUUAUAUUUUUAUUUUCUAUUUUUUGUAAUAAAUGUAAUAGUAUUUCAGGAACGAGUAUUCUUAAGGAAUUGUUUGUACAUAAUGGAUGUGUGUGAUUACGAUUAUUCCUUUUUUUACUAGUAUUAAUUUAAUUACCUAAUCUAGGUGUAUAUUAAUCUUGAGUUAUCAAUGUAAAUUUUUGUACUCUAUUCGCUAUCUUGUGAAGAUAAUAUUGAGGAUAGUCAAGUUACCACCUCGUUUGAAUUUUUUAAAAUAAAUUUCUUGUUAUUGAAGACC